AUGUCUGUGUCAGAAGCCUUUUUGAAAGAGUUACCUAAAUGUGAACAUCAUUUACAUUUAGAAGGUACUUUGGAGCCUGAUUUAUUAUUCCCAUUAGCUGCUCGUAACAACGUCACACUACCUGAUAACUUCCCAAAGACUGUUGAGGAAUUAAACGCUAAAUAUAGUUCAUUUGCUGAUCUUCAAGAUUUUUUGAAUUAUUAUUAUAUUGGUACAAAUGUUUUAAUUACAGAACAAGAUUUUUUUGAUUUGGCAUGGGCUUAUUUCACAAAAGUUUCAUCUCAGGGGCUUGUUCAUGCUGAAGUAUUUUAUGAUCCACAAUCACAUACUGAACGUGGUAUCUCUUUAGAGACUGUCACUAAUGGGUUUUCUAGAGCUUGUAAACGCGCUCAAGAAGAAUUAGGUAUUUCAUCUCGUUUAAUUAUGUGUCUAUUGAGACAUAUCGAACCUUCUGCAUGUCUUGAUUUGGUUAAGACAGCUGCUCCAUUAAUUAAAGAUGGUACAAUUCAUGGUUUAGGACUUGAUUCUGCAGAAAAACCAUUCCCACCAGAAUUAUUUACAGAAUGUUAUAGUGAAGCAAAAUCAUUUAAUCCAAAUUUACAAUUAACUGCACAUGCAGGUGAAGAAGGUCCUGCACAAUAUGUUUCUAAUGCUUUAGAUUUAUUAAAAGUUACUAGAAUUGAUCAUGGGAUUAAUUCUGUACAGGACACAGAAUUAUUGAAAAGAUUAGCACGGGAAAGAAUAUUACUUACAGUUUGUCCAUUAUCUAAUGUUAAAUUACAAGUUGUUCAAGCUGUAAAAGAAUUACCAUUACAACAAUUAAUUGAUAAUGAUGUUCCAUUUUCAUUAAAUUCAGAUGAUCCAGCAUAUUUUGGUGGCUAUAUUCUUGAUAAUUAUUUGCAAGUUGCACGCGAUUUCCCGCAUUGGGAUUAUUCUAUUUGGGCUAAGAUUGCUACUAAUGCAGUACAAGGUUCAUGGAUCGAUGAUAAGAGGAAACAAGAUAUAUUGGAACAGAUUGCUACUGUAGUAGCAAAAUAUACCUCUAUGUAA